AAUAUUGUUAGGGGCUUUCCAGUAAUGUUGUGAUCAUGUGCCAUUCGCUUUGUCAGCAAACGUGGAAGAAAAUGGCAGCUCACUUUCAGAUCUGAUAAAGAGUUGCCAGUCAGUGAAUGAGACGUAUAGUACAUAAGGAACCUGCUUAAUUCAUGAGUCUCACACCCAAACCCCAUCCAACCAGAGUCCCCAGAAUGUCUCGAAACAUGUCCAGGCAUAAUGGUGUCAGCUGUGAUGCUUGCGGGAAGGGAGGGUUCUCUGGAAAUCGUUACAAAUGCCUUGUGUGCUACGACUUUGACCUCUGUGGUGACUGCUAUAGUUCUGGAGAGACAGGAACCGGCAAACACAGCAGCAGCCACCCAAUGCAGUGUAUACUCACUAAAGUCGAUGCUGAUUUGUUUUUUGGUGGUGACUCCCAAAGCCCAGAGCAUGCCCAGUCAUUCACUUGCCCCUUAUGUGGUCAACUGGGGUUCUCCGAGCCAGAGCUGAGAGAACACGUAACCAAACAACACGCUGACGGGGUGCCUCAAGAGGUCAUCUGCCCGGUUUGUGCCACUCAUCCCUCAGGGGAUCCUAAUCAUCUCACUGAUGACCUACCCACGCAUCUUACUGUCGAACACCGAGCACUCAGGGAAAUGGAGCAUGACCCCACUGUUCAGAGCAGGGUCCGCAGACUAAUAGGGCGUCGAAGAGCAGGGCUUGAUCGUUACGUUGGCAUGUUUCGGGAGAGUGGACAGGCUCAGGACAAUGUUGACCCCAUCACUGAGCUUCUAUCACAGCUCUCAAGUAGUGGCAGUCAUGGUGGGCAACGGCUUGCUCCCACUGAUGUUCCUCCUCACAUACAACAGUUGCUUGACCAGCAGGAAAGACAAGCUCUCGAAAGGCGAUCUCCCCUAAGGAGACCAAUGUAUCGCAAGAUAACCUCAGGGGCAGGUGGACUGCUGACAUCAGAUACUCACAGUUUAGCUGGUGGUAAUGGACUGUUUCAGGCGUCCCUCUCUAAAGACCCAUUUGAGGUAUCCAGGAGCAUAACUAUCGACUUGGACAAGGACAAGAAGGGAUCCAGUCACUCUCUGGAGCCUGACAGCAAUCACCUUUUAGCCAGUUCUGCCCAGCCACAGCUAACAGAAGAGGAGCAAGUAGAACUGCACAAACGUCGUGUAGAUAAGAGCCGUUUUGUGCAAGAACUCUUACUCUCUACUCUAGCAUUUUCUGAUAGCAGUAGCGAAGGGGAAGAUACGUAGCACUUGUGUGUCAAUUUAGUCUAUGUUGCUUUAAGUUUGCAUAAUAAUAAUAAUUACUGUCAUAAUUAAUUUUAUUAUUCAUAAUUAAUUGAUUUUGUAUCAAUCAAG